AUGAAGAAAGAAAAACAUCUCGGAACCAUUAACAUCCCAUCUGCACUAUCUCCCAAUAGUUCGCAAGGUGGUGCAAGCUCUUCGAAUGCCAGCGCCCAACGCCGCUCCUUGUUCUUAUUUCGUAAAUUUGCAUUAGGUGAACAUUGUUCUUGCAUCAGGGAUGGAGACGGAAUUGACGAUCCUGUUCAAGAUAAUCGACCGCGUCUAUUGAUAGUGGGCCUAAGGAGGUGGCCAUUCAUCGACUUUCAAGUGUGGGACUUUCCGGAACAGCUCGAUUUUUUUGAUCCGACUUUUGAUACAAGUGCUAUUUUUGGAGAAUAUGAGGCAUUAAUUUUUGUUAUAAAUGCUCAAGUGACUAUGGAUAGUUAUUAUUCAGGACUUAAAGAUCCGGAUGUAACUUUGAUUUCUGAUCAAAAUAUGGACGAUUAUUCUGAACCUGUAUAUCUUGAAGAAGCUAUGAUUAUAGAUCAAAAUACGGAUGAUUAUAGUUCUAAGCUUGAAGACCCGGAAGAAAAUUGGAUUACAGAUCGAGAUGAUCAAGAAUUUACUCAUGAUUAUUUGGCUGCAACAAAAGUAAGAAGUUUGUUAGAAGAUCAGAUAAUAGAAAAUGAAGAAGGUGAUGUUGAAAAUAUGUUACCUGAGGAUGAAGAAGAUGAGAAACAUGAAAUUCCAGAAGUUGAAACGAAGAAACGGUCACCCUGUGUCAUUUUUGAUAAUUUAAAUGGAGAGGUUAAACAUUGCAAUUCAACAACUAAGUUAGUAUCAUUAUCUCAGUUAAUUGGAACUUGGGAGAUAGAAAUAACCCCAGAAGAAAAUUUAGACAUAACCGAGUUAGGAAAGAAAAGCGAGUAA